AUGGCUGCACGCCGCGCUUACGCCGCCGCGACCUUGGCCCUUCUGGCGGCGGCGCUGGUGCUGUCCGCGGCGCCGGCGGAGGGCGCAGUGUCGUCCUGCGGGCAGGUGAUUGGUUACAUUGCCCCCUGUCUCACCUACGCCAUGGGCAGCGUGCCCAAGCCGAGCAGCAACUGCUGUAGCGGCGUCCAGAGCCUGAACUCGGCUGCCGCCAGCACAGCCGACCGUCAGACAACCUGCACCUGCCUGAAGCAGCGAGCUGGCGGCGUGGGCGGCCUCAGGCCCGACCUCAUCGCCGGGAUCCCCGGCAAGUGCAACGUCAAGAUCCCCUACGCCAUCAGCCCCAACACCGACUGCUCCAAGUAA